UUAGAAAUACAUUCUUUAAAUAAUGGAAAGUGAUGAAAAGUAAAGAUUACUUUAUAGAAUAUACAGGAAUUAUCAGUUUUAUCAGUUUACGUCUAUUACGGAACUACCUUUUAUGUUUAAAAUUAAUCUUAUUUUCAGAAACCUUUCUCCUAGGCCUACUGCAAAUGUGAAAAUACUAUUUCUUCAGUACAUUAGCACGACAAAUAAAAUAUUUGUGCAUUUGCGCGCUUAUCUGUCGUAACGGUGCGCUAACUUGUCGUUUUGACGUGCCGUUAUGUUGGCGCUAUUUAAACACACAAACACGCCAGAACGAAAUGGCAAAAAUCAGCUACCAUAUUUUGGGGCUAUUUUAUAUUCAUUGUAGUAGUUCUUGUAUUUCAAUUGACGUAUUACGUUACCAGGCACUAUUUAUACUGCAGUGUAUCACAUUUGGAAAAGCUAUCAUGCGUAUCUGUAAUGGACGACAGAAAACGCUCUGUUUAGAGAAAAUGAUGUUUAAAAGUGUUGAUUUUGUUAUAUAUUUGUCUUUCUAUCUAUUUGGAAUAAAAGCAGCAGUUCCUUUUUGCCCUGACGGAUGGAUAAGCAACCAAACCUCGUGUUAUUUUUUCAGCACUGACACUCUUAACUGGGACGAGGCUUUCGAACAAUGCAUAGCACUGCAAAGUUAUUUGGUAGAAAUAGACGACUCUGAUGAAAACGAUUUCCUUGUUUCAGUCAUUUUAGGAACCUCUGACGACAAAUAUUACAUUGGUCUUUCGGACAGAGAGAUUGAAGGCAUCUGGAAAUGGAUGACCAGUGGGAACGUCCUUGGGUUUUCUUCUUGGAUUUCAGGACAACCUGAUAACUCGGGUGGUAAUGAAAACUGCGCAUUAUUUUCUAACUCCCUUUGGAAUGAUGCAUCCUGUACUUCAUUAUUACGUCGAUAUAUAUGUGAAAAGAGAUACUGCAAUGCGUUGUCCGUCACAAAUGCAAACUUGAAUGAUAGUACAACAUCAUACGGAACAGUGGUAGAAAUUACUUGCUUAGAAGGUUAUACAAUCAACGGAAGUACGACAGUAGAGUGCCUAGCUGAUGGUGUUUGGAGUGAUUCUCCUACAUGACCAAGGUGAGGUUUAAGACAUGUAGCUUUUGUAUGAAAAAGAGACGAAAUCAAAUCUAACAUAAUUAAGUUUCAUAAUUAAAGGCACUCAAUGCAAACUGUAUCGCUGUAUCGAACAUUUGUAUGUUUCGAUAGGCUAAAAAUGUUGAGAAGAGAAAGUGUUAGUACUUUUUCAAAACCAUUAAAGUUAUAUUCUUCAUUUCGAUAUCAGAAUUCAUAUGAAGAGAAAGCUAAACUAUUAUAUACGCAUGAUAUUGACGUACAACAAAACUAAGUCCAAGAAUGAUUCAUUCAACAUCGAUACUAUUUUGGUCUAAUUCAAGGAUAAAGUAAAGAAAACCAUUCCAACCAAGUAUCUAGAGAAUCCCUUCUCAUUGGCAGUCUCUCAUUGCUCAAUGGCAGAAAAUAAUCUGUAUUGAAUUUAAGUUAAUUUAGCCUCAAAGGAUAAGGUCAUUACGCAUGCCACAACUUACAUCGUUUUCUAACGGCAACGUCCGAAAUUUCACACAUUUCAUGGUUUAUGAAGGAGUAAGGUAUAAAAACAAAAGUCAAAUUAGAGCUUUUAUUUUAUGGGAAAAGGAAUGCAAUUACUAUACAUUUUGCGUUUCAGAAAAAAAGAAAUAAAAGUAAAAAAAAACUAUCCAAUUCCUUCAAAACUUAUAACUUAACCUAAUGUUUUUCGUAACCCGUCAGAAAGGAACCAUUCUUAUAUCUUAAGAACGAGUAUUGGUACCCCUAUUGCCGUCUAUGAUCUAAAUCUGUUAUGUGAAUAAAGAAUUUUAAGCUUCAUUAUUGAUAUGGACUUUAUAGUUCAGUUACACGCUACCAUUUCCUACUAAGAUACUUACAUAAACAAUGCAUAUGAAGAAAGGAGAGAUACAAAAUUAUUUUCACAGAACACUUAAGACUAAAUUUAGUGGUUUGAAGAUGACGCAUGACUUAAUUAAAGGUUUGCUGUUACUCUUACCUUCGAUGACCUUAAAUCUGCUCUUCUAUUUUUAGCGUUCAGCUCAUAAAGUAAACAAUAAAAGAACUAAUUGAUAAUUUACUGUGUUUUUCCCUACCCAAGUUAAGUACGAAUUCCUAUUGUUUCAAUCACCCGGCACUAAUUACAGCAAUAACAGCGUUUCAGUUAGAUAAAACAGGUCCCUUAAUUUCAAUUUAAUAUUGAGAAAUGUUCAAAUGAACACGUGCCACACCUCAAACUAUUACCAGUACAACAAAUCGAGGGCUCAACGCGAAACUAGUCUAUGUGUAUAUAGAAAUAGAAGCAGAUAGACUAGUUUCGCGUUGAGGCCUCGAAAUACAAUUUCUGCACGUGUCACACCUUAAAUCACCAACGGCACAAUGAAUACAAGAAUUACUCCACGUACCACGCCUCAUAUUAUGACCGAUACAACGAAUAUAAUUUUUCCGUUUGCCACAUCUCAGACUACCACCAGUACAGCGGAUAUUACUUCUCAAUUUCUCACAUCUCAGCUUACGACUAGAACAACAUAUACAUCUUCUCUUCUUGCAACUUUACAACUCAAUUAUCCACAAGUACAACAAAUACAAAUUUCUCUUUAUGCCACAGCUCAGAUUACCACAAGUACAAUGAACACAACUUCUCUACAUACCACACCUCAGAUAAGAACUACAAUUACUCCAUAUACCACACCUCAGGUUACCUCAAGUACAACGAACACAAUUUCUCUUUACUUUAAGCCACACCAAUUUAACACACAUACAGCGAAUACAGCUUCUCCACAUUCUACACCUCAGAUUUCAGCGAAUACAACCUUUCCAAUGAUCAUGCCUAAGAUUACCACCAGCACAUCUAAUAUACUGUCUCCAUAUGCUACACGUCAAAUUACAAAAAGCACAGCGAAUAAACACCUUCUCCAUAUGUCAUCCCCCGAAGAACUAACAGUACGACACACUAACUUCUCCGCAUACCCUUAACAGAUUACCACCAGCGUACAAGAGAUAACCUUUUCACAUACAACUUCCCAGAUUACCACCAGAACAGCGAACUCAACCUCUAUACAUGGAAUACCUCAGAUUACAACAAGUAUAACGAAUACAACCACUCCAUAUAAUACAUCUCAGAUUAUCGCGUGUGCACCGAAUACAUCUUCUCACACCACACCUCAAAUUACUACAAGUACAGCGAAUACAACUUUUCCACAUUCUACACAUCAAAUUACUACCAAAACAACGGAUACAACUCCUCCACAUGCCACACCUCAGAUUACCACUGGUACAACAAAUGCAACUGAAUCGUUUAAUACAACUGAGAAUCCCGCAAAGCAAACACGUAUAUUUAAGUUGACUUUGAUGGCUCAGAAUUUCUCUGUCUGGCUAAACAACUGAACUCUCAGUUUCUACUGAGGGCUUAAGUAAAGAGCAUUAUUAACAUUGAAACGCAUAUAGAAAUUCUCAACAAAAUUAACUACGACCUACGACUAAAAAACAACAAAACAAAUGAGACAAGUGCUCGGUAUUAAUUAAAUAAUUAUUUGCAUCUACUUAUAUUAUCAUAUGAUUUUAAUCGCAUGUACAUAUAACAAAUUAUGUUGAUUCAAGUAAACAAUAUUCUUUUCUUCUGAAAGAAACUUGGCUUUUCUUGGGAAGAAUACUUUACUGUAUAAGAUCGCUAUUGGUCGUGUCAUUGUUUUGUUAUUUUUUGAUAAAUCUCCAUCUUUAGUUUCUAUAAACAAUUUUGAGAAAAAAAAAUGGUAUUACAUGCACUAUGACAAAUACCCAACCAUCUAUACAAGUACCCGUGUAUCCAGUUUACAGAUAAAAAAAUAAAGUAAUUAUCUGUUUAAAUUCGGCACAGUAUACAAUUUCAAACUUUACACAAAACGAUUUAUAACUGAAUGAAGUUUCACUGUAGAUUUGUAAAAGGCACUGUAGUUUGAUAGUACUGUUUUUGCGUAUACAAAACAAAUUAUAUUGUAUUGUGAAUACGGAGAGGAUAAUUAUUAUAAGACAUAACUACUAACCCCUAAACGAAACCCUCAGCACGCAGAUGUGCACACUUCUAACACACACACACUCACAUACAAAUCAAACACACGAGGACAAAACAAACUAAUGAAGUAACUCAGUGGGUGCCGCCUUUGAACGGCCAGUGUCAAAAAAAAAAUUUAGGGAAAUGCAUGUUUUGCUCAAACGUCUAUUAUUUCCUGUUUGAAUGAUUUCAGCGUAGUCACGCAACACUUGAUAAUUAUUCGCAUUUUCGCUCAGGAAUAACUUCUCCUUUCAUCAACUUUUGUACAGUUUCUAAGUGGUCUUUAUUUCAUAGGCAUAUUUGAUAGUCUUCGUAAAUCAAUUUAUUAUAUUACCUUCGGAUACUUUUUAAAACAGGGCGUAUUUUCAUUCCUUACGGGAGGGCAGAGAACCACGGUUAGCCCCCACCGACGUGGGUUCAUGUGAGGAAGCAAUCCUGCUAACUUACGGAAUUACGGUGUUUCUACCCAGAUGCCCGCUCGUGAUGAAAUAAACCACGGAGGGGCACCUGGAGUAUUUCUCAACCACCAAAAGCUGGAAAGUCGCCAUAUAACCAGUACUUGUUUCAAUGUGACGUUAAAACUAACAAAAAACAAAACAAAGUUUCCAUUCUAUGUUUUUCAAGACAUUUCCACUAGUUUCUACUGCGCAUCUUCCUGCAUGUACUUUAUUUGCCUUAGUGUAUAUAAUAAUUUUAUCUGAUAUGUAAACUGGUUAUUCGCUGAAAUUUAUUUCGUCUGAUGAGAAAAGAUAAAUAUAUCGUGAUAUAGUUUAACAAAAUACUUAUGAGGCAUAAACUCUACUGUAUGAUCAACAUUUUUUGUAAUCAGGUUUCUCUUUGAUUGUUCUGCAUAAAUACCAUUGUGAUUAUAACUGAUUCUAAAGAACUCCAAGGCUUACAGUAGGAGUUAAAACAAAUAUUACCACUUAACAAUUCUGGUGUCUGAAUUUUGUUUUAUCUGUUGUUAUAAAACUUUCAAGAUAUUUUAGUUAGCGUAAGAACAACAUUUUCUUGCAAAUAUUCUGUACCAUUUCUAAAAACAAAUAUCGAAAUUGUGAUUUCGCACGUUUUAACAGCUUUUGCUUUUAUGUUUAAAACGGUUUAAAUCGAUGUAAACGUGAUUGGUGCAGCAAGUGCGCUCGGUGUACGUACCUACCUUUGAUUUUCUGCAUUGGUUGGUAAUUUUGUUAUUGGUUAUAUUUCGCCAUUAGCGGAUUAAAGUAUCGGGUUUAGUAUCGUGUCGUCGCGUUGUCAGCCUAUACAUUUUAUACUAAAAUCACAUUUUGUAUGGAGCGCUUUACGUGGCAUAUCUACGGUGCCCCUAAAGUGACAUG